AUAAAGAGUACAUGAAACGUGGCCCAUUAAUGUGACAACGCUGUUCUCUAAUAAUGGAAUUCAUGAAUGACAAUCAAAUUUCAACAACAUUUGUCUUGGAGAACUUUGCCGCGUCAAUUGUCAAGUCAUCAAAGGAAACCUGUUCAAGGUAGACAGGAUCCUUCUGCGGAUGCAAUUAUUUUUCCUGCUUACGGAGCAAUUGACUGAACCUGUUUUGAAGGACGAGAUACGUUUUAGGGUACAUUCGAAAGUAAAAAUGUCCAGUCCAUCAAACACUCUGAUGUGGUUGCCGUGCUUGAUUGACGUGAUGGACGGUGACGUGAUCUCAAGUAUCACUUGGAUCUGCAAUCAUCCCUAUCCCUCUGUGGGGAUCAUCGUCUGUGCUUGAACAGCAACUCGGUUCGAACUUUAAUCUACACUGCAAUUGCCGCCAUCAUCACCACUCUUUAAUCUUCUGUCAUUCUGGCUGGAUUCCUCGCGUUGCGUUCCUUCGAAAGGGGAAGCUCUGGUUACCAUAGAGCUGAUCAAUUAAUCGAAAGCUAAUUGACUUUCAAGUGUUAACACGGAACAGAUCUUCACCUCUCCCUCUUUCUACUUUCUAAAUAUCUUUCUCUCUAUUAGAUUCAAUUUGGAAAAAGUUGCUGUGUCUUCACGUAAGCCAUGGAAAAGGAAGCAAUAAACGUCUAAUCUGAGUAAGUGUUAGCUGAAGCAAAUGAUGGCAGCCAGCCCUUCGUCCCUACCAAGCAGAUGACAGCACGGGGAGGACCAUACGAAUCGAUCUGAAAGUAUCGGCAAGAGAUGCGAGCCGCUGGAGCAACUUCGAGUUCGUACAGAACUCCGGCACCCAAGUAGCCAUAAAGCAGAACAGCGGUGCGGAAAGGAAAAAAGAAAAGAAAGAAAAAGGAGCACAUCGAUUGCCAUCGAGCGAGCAGGAACUGUUCCAUCCGUUUUACGCUUCCGUGUCGACAAAAAGAAAAAAAGCAGAAAGGAGAAGCCGGUAACUCUGUGGGAAGAUUCCUUUCCCCUUCUGCUACUUCUUCGCUAUCCCGCCCAACUUCUUUUCUCUUUUGUGCUGCUUUUAUUUUGUUUUCAUGGCAAUGACGUAUUUACGUGAGACUCUGCACUCCUGUCGCGUCCCCCACUCGAUCCUCGUUACACGCCCUCUCCCAAGAUGCUUCUCUAUCUCUCUCUCUCUCUCUCUCUCUCUGCUAAUAAUGGAGUUGCUGCCGGGUCAUGCUUUAGUACGCGUGUAAAGAACGAAGAGAGAAAGAGGGCAGGCGUGCACCUAUCUAUGCGAAGACGCGUGCCAGAAGAUAAAUGAGAGGGGAGACGAAGGAGAGGGUACUCUGCCUAUUCUCCGACUCUCUCCCCGCCAUUCCCAUGGGAUAGACAACGACGUGUCGCUUGCUACCCUCUCUCUCUCUCUCUCUCAACGGUUUCUCAGAUGACAGAAGGAUGAAAAAGUUCUGAGCCAGGCAAAGGCGCAGGCAGCCUGCCACUGACUGAACCACUGUGCUGAAAUAGAAUUACCAACAACGAGGGGGGAAAGGGAAAACAGGAAGAAGGGAGGAAAAAAACAAAAAGGAGAGUGAGAGAAGCGAUGAUGAAUAAAGGUAGAGAAUUCUUUGGAUCUUUAACCCUCAUUCACUCCAAUUGAAUCCCCACAGCAGCUUUCCGGUUCUUUCUCGCAGCGAGAGUGUGGGGAGAGAGAGAGGCAACAGGCGGAAUUAUAUGGAGAGUUAGACGCCAACUGGAAGAAAGGGGGGUGGUGGCUUCUCUAAUGUCAAUUGAAUUGCAGGGUGCAAAGAGUGGGGCAGUUGUGGUCCUGAGUCUGAGGGCUUGCAGGCAAAAUAAUGGAGGUCCAGCACCCCCAUCUGAAUAAAUACUAAGAGGUCCCAGAUGGAAGGGGUUGCCUUCGUCUUUAGCAACAAACAACCCUCCUCCCCUCUUCUUCUCCCAAAGCUCACAACCCUAUGAACACUCUGCAAGUGUUUGAUUGGUGCAGACUUAGAGGGUAGGCAAGGAAGAAAGAAACGUGGAGGGUUAGGCUGGUGCUGUAUCUAUGCGGCCCCUGCUGCAUCUGCACGCUUCAGUUCUUUCUGCAUCCCUGUUCUCCCUUUGCUUGGCCAGACUGGGCAUUACUCUAUACAUAGUAGGAAGUUCACAUUUUUAGCUUACAAGCUGUUAUCGACAGCGGUUAAUGACAAUAGAAAGUCUCUGCUGAUGCCAUCAUUUUACUCUGUUAGAAGAUUGGAUUUUGUGGGCCUGCCUCCCUUAUACAGAGUUUUAGAUUUGGGAACUGACUGCAAGUUGGACUAGAAUAUAUAGAAGGAAGCAGCCAGGAAAGUUAGAAUCCAAAUGUUUUAAGGCAAUCCCUGUGGUUGCCGAUGAUAGUCUAACGUCGAUCAGUCUGUUUUUAGAAGCUGACGAUACAAAGCGGCAUGUGUAGCUAGGGCGCAGAUUUCCAUCGCAAAGAUGGAACAAAAAAUUUAGCACCAUAGCAGGAAAUGGGUUGCCUGCUUUCUAACGAUAAGCUCCGCAUCCUCUCUCGUUGUAUCGGUAUCAACAAGGCAUGUUGGGUUGUUGCACUAAAAGCCUCACUUGCAAAGAAACGUAUCACUCAAUUGUGCCGUUCAUGCCCGUAAUGCUACAAUCAUGCGACUGAGCAUUACAUCACAACUUUUCAACAUUUGUAUCUUACACAAGAAUCUUUCUCCAUGGGGAGACGACCAAGGGGUUCUUCAUGACAAUCUGAAAUCCUCUCCGUCUAAAAAUCUACCCCUAGUAUCAUGGUUCCUUCCCUAGUCAAAACUCCAUAAAAACCCUGUCUGUCCAACAACUGUCAUUGAAGUCUUAUCCUUCUAAAAAAUACAAUAUUGUCUGUGAAUACCCAAAAAUUUUAAAAAGGAGAAACAAGAACCUCUGUCAAGUAUUAAUCCAUCAGGAUCAUGAAAAGGACAAACUCACAUGAGCCUAACCGGAAGAAGAAAGCCAUAAUUCAUGCCAGGGUCCUACGUAUAAACAACUCCCCACUUCAUUUUCCCUUCUCAGACCUUGUGGCAUAUAGCGGUAGAUGAGAAUAAAAAAGGUACAAAGUGUGCUGAAAUUUACUACAGAGAGAGAGAGAGAGAGAGCGAGAGAGGAAGAGAGAAAUAGAGGUCUUGAAGUCAACAUGUAAGGUCAAUAAGAAGCAGUUCUGUGACCGCCGUCCAUGGAGAAAGGGAAAACCUUCGAUUUGUGAGUUGGCCCUCCUGCAUAUGGUCUCUUGAGUCUCUCACAUCCGGUCAAAGAAAGCACGCACUGUCCGUCUUAUACAACCCCUUCCCCCCCCCCCCCCCCCCCCUGGGAUCACCGACUCCACCACUCGUUGUCUUCGAUUCGAUUCCAGAUCAGCCAUUUGAAGAGAAAGCCAACAAGGAUGAACAAGGGAAGGACACUUGAACGUUAUGCCGCUGUCAGAGCAGGAGCUGAUCCAAUGUCUUCGCAGAAGAUCUGAAGGCGCAGGUACACCUCCAGGAGAAGAGAAGAGACUCAAAGUGUCAAAAAGAUCAUCACAGUCGGACAACAAAAAAUGGAGUUCUCAGACGGUAGGUACAGAUUCUUCCAAGCAAAUCAGAUGGAAGAAAGCAGUAACAUGACCAAUUUCACCACCACCACCAACGCCAGCAGCACCGCCACAGGUGCAGCUGCUGCAGAUUCGGCAGCCGCGGGCGACAUGGAAGAAGAUAGGCAUACCAGAAGGGAACACAUGUUCGACAAGGUGGUUACACCAAGCGAUGUAGGCAAGCUCAACAGAUUAGUGAUUCCAAAGCAGCACGCCGAGAAGUACUUCCCCCUAGAUACGUCGUCUAAUGAGAAAGGGCUUCUUCUCAACUUCGAGGACAGCACGGGGAAGCCAUGGAGGUUCCGGUAUUCAUACUGGAACAGCAGCCAGAGCUACGUGAUGACCAAAGGUUGGAGCCGAUUCGUUAAGGAGAAGAAGCUCGACGCCGGCGAUGUAGUUUCGUUUGAGCGCAGCGUCAGCCAGUCCGGUGAGAGCAGGCUAUUUAUCAGCUGGAAAAGGAGGCCGGAUGCAGCGCCGGACCGCUCUCCGUUUCUCGGCUCGCGCCUACUCUGGCCGAUGGGAUCCGCGCAGCCUGCACCGGUGCUGUCGCCACAUCCGAGUUACUACGACUACUACAGCUACGGGGUCAGGUAUGUGGAGCCACCACCCAACCCAAUGUUCUACUGGAGAGCAAGAACAGGUCCGCAAUUGCCUGAGAGGGGCAACAAUCCGGUGACGGCACACGUCGGCCUGCCGCAGGCGGUGUUUGACUCGGUGCCCGUGGUUCAAGGCAAGGCGGCCGCCAAGCGCGUGAGGUUGUUCGGGGUGAACCUCGAGUGUCCAACUGAGAUGGAGAGCGAGGAGGAGGUGGUGGAAGAGGAAGAUGAGACUGAGACCAGCACAUGUGGUGGAGGUGGUAGCGGUGAAGGUGAUGGCAUGUGUUCGACCUCAAUGCCGAAUUGGCUGUCACAGGCUCCUUCGCAUCUCCAAUUAAGGCUUCAUGGUGGAUCCAACUCUCAGUCACCGCUUCCCUCAAAUACACCGCCGGACUUGCCAAGUAAAGGAAAGCCUCCAUCCCUUACUUUUGAUCUGUAGUCAGUUGCUUCCAUCGAUAUCAAUGCUGUUGCCUAUUAUUGAAGGUAUGAUGCUACUGUUUGCUGUUGAGAGUUGGGGAAUGGUGGCAUGAAAAUUUGUCCUCGAUGUUUCUUCCACGCCUCUUUCGAAAACAGAAAAAGGAAAAUAUAUUCUUUUUUCCUUUCCUUUUGUACAUUUUCUGUCACACAGGCUACAGUACGUGGGCGCAGGCUUUGAGAAGCCAUUAGAAUUCAACCAUGCCUGCUAAUCAUGUACUAUGUCUUAGAUGUAAGUGAGGGGAAGGCGCAUCAUGAAUUGCUUAGGCUGUGUGAGUUAAUGCUGUUGGAUUUGUGUGCGACACUGUUCUGUAUCCAGUGUCCUACAUGUGAUACAGUGCUCUCCUUCCAUGGCUCCCUUCCUUCUCUCUGUGUGUAAUGAGUCUGUGUAUCAGUGUUCUGGUUGAAGGCCGAAAGUAGUUUUACCGAGAGGCGGUUAUUUAUGAAUUUCACCUUAUAAAAAGUACUUUUUCCAGGUUA